AUGCCGAAUAUUCUUAAAGACUUAUCCACAUGUCCCUUCGUUUUUGUUAGAGUGGAUUCAGAGAAAAGACCCCUACAACCACCGUACGAAGGACCUUACAAAGUCCUCAAACGCAAACCAAAAUAUUUCAUUCUGGACCGCAACGGCAACAAGGACUCCGUUAGUAUCGACCGUUUAAAACCGGCUUACCUGGAGUGCCCUAUACCAAAUCCCGCGGGCGAAUCACAACGUCUUCAGAUCCUUGUCAGGGUGAAUCACAACGUCUUCAGAUCCUCCAGUGGAAGGGGCGAAUCACAAUGUCUUCAGAUCCUCCAGUGGAAUGCUGCCAAUCACAACGUCUUCAGAUCCCCCAGUGGAAUGCUGGAGGGAUGUCCUAGGGCAAAAAGAUCCAAGUCCAGAAAAUCCUGCAAUCCUAUGAUGUAG